AUACACUAGUUAUUAAUUUUCUAAUUAAGCUCCACUGAAUCCAAACUUUCACAGUGCUUAACAGAUAAUACUUCACUAGCUAUUAUUUUAAUUAUUUUCAAAUAGUGAAGGAAUAGAAUAAAAGUACUACUAAUGUGUAGAGACCAAUGCAUGAUUGAAGGAAUUUUCUUUUUCAGCCAUCUUUUGCAUAUAUCUAGAAAGUGGUUAAUGGUGUAGUGGCUCUUUACUUUAAUUAUAUAUUCUUUGCUUUGCUUUCUUUUUUUGAACCAUUGGUUAAAGAUGCUAUACUGCUACUUUUUUCAAGUCAUUUUACUACUUCCUCUCUGAUUCAAUUCUGACACAAACAAGGAUUAAAGUGAGUGCAACUCUAUUAGUUUGUUCCUCUUCUGAUGUAAACAUGACCAAGUUGAAUUGAAUCUUUCAAAACCAACCUACUCUUUACUUACUCAUUUCCUUUAAGAUAGGAAUAGAAUUUGACCAAGUUUGUUUUGGUAUUAAGUUUUCAACUCAAUGGAAAGGAAAGGAGAUAUAGCUUUGUUUUGUUUGGCUUUGUUCUUCAUGUGGACUUCAGUAACUGCUUUGCUUUCUCCUAAAGGUGUCAACUAUGAAGUUCAAGCUUUAAUUAGAAUUAAGAAUUCUUUGGUGGAUCCUCAUUCUGCUUUGAAUAAUUGGGAUGCUGAGUCUGUUGAUCCUUGUAACUGGGCUAUGGUCACUUGUUCUCCUUCUCCUGAUCAUUCUGUUGUUGCCCUUGGAAUUCCAAGCCAAAAUAUAUCUGGUACUCUCUCAUCAAGCAUAGGUUCCUUACCAAACCUUCAAACUGUGCUGCUGCAGGAUAAUAAUAUCACAGGACCAAUUCCUUCUGAGAUUGGAAAGCUUCAAAAGCUUCAAACUCUUGAUCUUUCCGACAAUUUCUUCACCGGUCAACUUCCAGAUUCUCUUUCUCAUAUGAAGGGUCUUCAUUAUUUGCGGCUAAACAAUAACAGUCUUUCUGGACCAAUUCCUUCAUCAGUAGCUAACAUGUCACAGCUUGUCUUUCUGGAUCUUUCUUUUAAUAACUUAAGUGGACCUGUACCUAGAUUAAAUGCUAAAACAUUCAAUAUUGUAGGCAAUCCCCAGAUAUGUGCAACUGAAGUUGAACAAAACUGUUUUAGAACAACAUUAAUUUCUUCUGUUAUGAAUAAUAACUCUCAAGAUUUACAAUCCUCUAAUAGACCAAAAAGUCACAAAGCUGCCUUAGCUUUUGCUUCAAGCCUAAGCUGCAUCUGCUUACUAAUUCUGGGAUUUGGCUUCCUUCUGUGGUGGAGACGAAGAUAUAACAAGCAAAUAUUCUUCGACACGAAUGAACAAUACCGCGAAGAGAUUUGCCUUGGAAACCUGAAGAAGUUCCAUUUCAGAGAACUUCAAGUUGCUACGAAUAACUUUAGCGGCAAAAACUUAGUUGGAAAAGGUGGUUUUGGGAAUGUUUACAAAGGUAGUCUCCGAGAUGGUACAGUUAUAGCAGUAAAAAGGCUCAAAGAUGGUAAUGCAGUUGGUGGUGAAAUCCAAUUCCAAACUGAACUAGAGAUGAUAAGCUUAGCUGUUCAUAGGAAUCUUCUUCGCCUGUAUGGAUUUUGCACGACAGCUACAGAGAGGCUCUUGGUUUAUCCUUAUAUGUCUAAUGGUAGUGUUGCUUCUCGUCUAAAAGGCAAGCCAUCUCUAGACUGGGCUACAAGGAAGAGAAUAGCAUUAGGAGCAGGAAGAGGCUUACUAUAUUUACAUGAACAAUGUGAUCCAAAGAUUAUUCAUAGAGAUGUAAAAGCAGCAAAUAUCUUGCUUGAUGAUUAUUGUGAAGCUGUAGUAGGAGACUUUGGUUUAGCAAAACUAUUGGACCACAGAGAUUCACAUGUGACAACAGCUGUGAGAGGAACUGUAGGACACAUAGCUCCUGAAUACCUAUCAACAGGACAAUCUUCAGAGAAAACAGAUGUAUUUGGAUUUGGAAUUCUUCUACUUGAAUUGAUUUCUGGACAAAGAGCUCUUGAAUUUGGGAAAGCUGUUAACCAGAAAGGAGCUAUGCUUGAUUGGGUAAAGAAAAUACAUCAGGAGAAGAAAAUCGACGUGUUAGUCGACAAGGAUCUGAAAAACAACUAUGACAGGAUAGAAUUAGAUGAAAUAGUUCAAGUGGCUCUUUUAUGUACUCAAUACUUACCAAGUCACAGACCAAAAAUGUCAGAAGUUGUUAGAAUGCUUGAAGGAGAUGGACUUGCAGAGAAAUGGGAAGCUUCACAGAGAGCUGAAUCAACAAGAAGUAGAGGAAAUGAACUCUCGUCUUCAGAACGUUAUUCUGAUCUUACCGAUGACUCUUCAUUGCUUGCACAAGCGAUGGAACUUUCUGGACCAAGAUAACAUACAAUGUCUAUGUGUGUGUAACAUUCAAAACUAUGCUAGUUUUGUUUUACUGUACAAAAUAUGAUUGGAGACACUAACGUAUAUAGAUGUUGGUCUGUUAUGUGUUUUGAUAAAACUAUGCCAAGGGUGAAGAUUUUUAUGGGAAAGUUUCAUUGAGUACUUUUAGCUUUGUUGGAAUAAUGUUUAUAAAUAGUUUGUAAUCAUAACUGCUGAUAUUAAUUUGGGAUUUGUUUCA